GUAGCGUUGUGGUUGUCAUUUUUCAUUCUCCUCCUGCUGUGCUCUGUUCAUUUCAGUAUCUUACAAACCUCACUCUGCUCUGCGAUAUCUUCUUUUGUCUGGUCUUGUAUUUCUAUUGUGAUGGAUUUAGGAGGAACUCCAUGUCAUGCAAUUCUGCCCUCCAAUGCUCCAAUCCCACUGGAAGAUGGUGCUCUCAAUGACCAUCUCUUGCCCAUGAGAGACAGUGCAAAUGGAGAGGAAUUAGAGCUUGACUUCUCUGAUUCUGACAGUUCCGAAGAUGAGACUUCACGAAAAGAACUGUAUGAGAUGUUGCUUCCAGCUGCUCUGAAAGAGUCUUGGACUAGCUCGGGUCAUGUGAUUCUUAACUGUUACCAUUUUAAAUUUGCUCCUCAUCCUAGGGAUAGGAGCUACAAAGAAUUUGGUUUAUUUGUGAAGGCACCACUUCCCCAAGAGGCUGAGAGAAUGAACGUUGAGCUUCAUCUUUUACGUGGUAGAUCUGUAAUGGUAAAUUUGGUGCCAUCAGGGGUCGUUGAGCUUUUGGAGGAUGAGAUAACCCAGGCAGAGAGUUUUCAGGAGAUGUUUCUUAAGGUCAUUUUAGACAGAUCAGAAUUUGAACAGGACUACAUACCUUUGAGGAAUAAUGUGUCUAGAUCUAUUUCAUCACCAUCUUACUUGUUGCUUCCUGUGAUUUGUCUUGAUAAUGAGGGAUUGGUAUCUAUAGAUUGGGAAGUUAUUAGAAGAUGUUUAUCCUCCCAAAUUUUCCAGAAUCAUGCAUGCUCUGUUAUCGACGAAAGUCCUUCCUCGGAUACCCAUCUGAUACUUUAUGAUGGCUGUAGAAGGUCGAGUGAUAUCGAGAAUAGUUUAGUGUAUGCCCCAUACAAGCGUACAUUCUUUUUUGUCACUGACAUUGUGAGUGAGGAGAAUGGAUACAGUCCGUUCAAUAACUCAGGCUCCUUGAGUCAUUUCGAGCAUUUAGCGAGGUUUGGCACUCAUCUUAAAUACCCUGAGCAGCCUCUUCUUUGCGCAAAACAGCUAUUCAAUUUGAAAAACUGGCUACACAAUAGAAAGCAGAAAGAACCUGAAGCACGUCAUCUGGAAGAACAUACUACUAAGUUGCCUCCCGAGCUUUGUCAAUUGAAGAUAAUAGGCUUUUCAAAAGAUAUUGGAAGCUCCAUAUCGUUGUUGCCAUCAAUUAUGCAUCGUCUAGAGAACUUGCUUGUUGCUAUUGAAUUGAAGUCUAUGUUAACGGCUGCUUUUCCAGCGGCAGCUGAGGUUACUGCCAACAGAAUUCUUGAAGCACUCACCACUGAGGAGUGCAAGGAAUGCAUUUCCCUGGAAAGGCUCGAAACACUCGGUGAUGCUUUCCUUAAGUUUGCAGUAGGAAGACGCCUUUUUCUUGCCCACGAUAAGUUUAAUGAAGGAAAACUUACGAAAAAACGUAUUCAUUUGGUGAAAAAUAUUAAUUUGCUCAAGCUAGCAACUAAAAAGAAUUUACAGGUAUACAUACGUGACCAGCCAUUCAAACCUAGUGAAUUUUAUCCACUCGGUCGUCCUUGUCCAAGAAUUUGCAACGAGGAAACUAGAAAAGAUAUCCAUUCUCAUGAUAAUGCAGCAAGGGAAGCCAAGUGCAGCAAAGGCCACCACUGGCUACAUCUGUACAUAAUCAGUGAUGUUGUUGAAGCUUUGGUUGGAGCAUUCCUAGUUGACAGUGGCUUUAAAGCUGCAAUUGCAUUUCUCAAAUGGAUCGGCAUAAAAGUAGAAUUUGAAGCCUCACAAGUUACCGAUGCUCUCAUGGCAAGCAAUGCUUGCAUUCUACUUGCAGAUAGUAUAAACAUUUCUGCACUUGAAAAUUCAUUAGGCCAUCACUUUCUCCAUAAAAGUCUGCUACUGCAGGCACUCGUACAUCCUUCUUACCGCAAGCAUGGAGGAGGUUCUUACCAGAGAUUAGAGUUUCUUGGAGAUUCUGUCCUAGAUUACUUGAUCACAUCAUAUCUCUAUUCAGCGUAUCCUAAGCUGAAGCCGGGUCUAUUGACAGAUUUAAGAUCAGUGUUUGUGAUGAAUGAGGCUUUUGCUAAUGUGGCGGUAGAUAGAUUGUUCUACAAGUUUCUGAUUUGUGAUUCAACUAGCCUUCGAAGUAAUAUAGAAAGUUAUGCAAACUUCAUCCAAGCACCUCCUUCUGAAAGGGCCUCACUUGAGCAGCUGAGAUUUCCAAGGGUUCUGGGAGACAUGGUGGAAUCUAUUGUUGGGGCCGUUCUGGUUGAUACAGGGUUUGACAUGAACUAUGUUUGGAACAUAAUGUUAUCUUUUCUGGAUACUAUUAUGAGCUAUUCAGGCUUCCAACUUAGUCCUAUUCGGGACAUAAAAGAAUUUUGUCAAAGUUGUGGCUGGAAGCUUCAGUUCCAUGCAUCAGAAGAGCCAAAAUCUUAUUCAGUUGAAGCGGAGGUGAAAGGAAACAACUUUCAUGCCACUGCUUCUGCAGUCAACCGUAGUAAGAAACACGCCGAGAAAAUUGCUGCCAAUCUUAUACUCACCAAGUUGAAGGAAAAAGGAUUCAUACCUAAGGUCAAUUCAUUGGAGGAAAUUUUAAGGUCAAGCAGUAAGAUGGAACCAAAAUUGAUUGGAUAUGAUGAAGCACCCUUGGACACUAUCAAUCUUGGACCAGAAUUUUCUGGUGCAGACUUAGAACUGAAGCCUAGCAUGGCCUUUGGUGGUCAUGAUAGUUCCACAGACUUGCAGUCAUCAUCAGGUCGGUCGGGUAAAACAACAGCCAUAUCACGUCUGUAUGAAACCUGUGCUGCAAACCAUUGGAAUGACCCUUCAUUUGAUUGCAUGGAUGAGGAAGGACCAAGCCAUUUAAAGAUGUUUACUUAUAAGGUUGUAUUAAAGAUAGAAGAAGCCCCUGCUAGGACUUUGGAAUUCAUUGGAGCACCUCAGUUGAGAAAGAAGGCUGCGGCGGAGCAUGCAGCUGAAGCAGCUCUUUGGUACUUGGAAAAGGAAGGGUACUUGCCGCUUGCCUCACACAGAUUGAUACAAUAAUUACUGAUAAUGUGUUAAACAGUGUAGUGUUGUUGGAUAGUCUCAAUGUCCAACCCCUUCAACUUCACCACUGAUUCCACAUGGCCCUUUAGAGUGUGCAGUUCCCUCAGCCUGCACCAUUCAACAUUGAACCAAUUCAUAAAAUUUGAUUCUUCAUUUUCAUGACAGAACUUUUUCUGGGUAAUGAUUUGUUUUUUAAUUUACCUUGCAAUUUCAGCUCUUUUCUUGGCUUGCUCAGCAAUCUCUGAAUGAUCCUCGUGGCUGCUACUCUCAUGAAAUAUGGUUUCUGGUGGCUGCAGGCCGUGCAUCGUCCGUUGUUCUGUUGCCCAUUGUGCUUCUCUUUCGCCUAUUCCGUAAUCCUUCUUGGUUGUAAAGGCUGUCUACGUAGUAGAAUGGCCGAUAAAAUUUAUUAGCAUGAGAUGCGAUAAGUGAAUGACAUUACAAAAGUUCGAGCACAGACCUUAUUGUCGAGCAUGUUGUCCCAGGCCUUGCCGCUGAGGGCGUAUCGAAUUGUGAAUUUGAGAAUAUCAAGAGGGAAGUAAGUAACAAUACUGUAUACCCAGAUGGCUCCUGCCCAUCCCCAACCAAUGCCUUUAAUCCUUGCAAAGUCCCAUUCAGCAUAUACCGCAAUUAGAGUGGCAACCUGAAGUGUAGCAGAAUCAAGAAUCAGUAGAUGUGUGAAAUUUUGAAAAGGUUAUUAGAAAGUAAGUACAAGAAGGAAUGUUCCUACCAACUGUGCGGCAAUGAAGGCAAUAAUUAGCAAGUAACCAGGGCAUUCAACAAAGGACCAGCUUCUUGACCUUGUGACAAAGAUGAGGGCUUGACUGAUGAUGCUCACUUGAAGAUAGAGAGCAGAGUUGAUCUCAGCAAUACCUUUGAGGGGCUUCACGCCAAAUGUGUUCUGCUUAUAAUGUUGAGAUGUUAGUAUACAAUGUCAUGUUCUUUGCAUUUAGGAAGGGAGCUUGAUGUUGUUUUCUCACCGGGAAGAAGUUGGUUUCAAUGGCGAGCCAGAAGAAAACGACGCUCAUGAUGGCCAUGUAUGUUCCAAGGACAACACCAGUAGCAAAGAUUUCUUUGAGUUUCCAUGAGUCUGGCACAGGUGAUGGCUUGACCCUGUCCUUUGAAAUGGUCAUGAUGGUUCCAUCGUUAAGGAUGGCAAUGAUCAAGACCAUAAAAGGCGAGAAAUCAAACUUCCAAAUGAGAGCAACAAGCAUGAAUCCCAACACAAUACGGAUUGUAAUGGAAACUGCAUAGAUGGUGUAGUUCUUCAUUCUCUGAAAGAUGGCUCUGCUGGUUAGUACAGCACUCACAAUCACACUUAGCCCUGGCUCUGUCAAGACAAUGUCUGAUGCACUUCUUGCUGCAUCGGUUGCGUCGGCCACAGCAAUGCCAAUGUCGGCUCUCUUGAGAGCAGGAGCAUCAUUGACACCAUCUCCUGUCAUGCCACAAAUAUGAUUCCUCUCCUGAAGUUUCUUAACGAUUUCAUACUUAUGUUCUGCAACCGAAAAAUGACGAGUUUAGUUCAGUCGAGGAAGGCUGAUGGUUUCAUAUAUCUCAUUGCGGUUGAAAGAACAAUGUGAUUACCAGGGAAGACACCAGCAAACCCAUCAGCCUUCUCAAUUAGUUCAUCCACAGGAAUGGAAGCAAUAGACUCAUCCUUGGAUUGGCCGAGCAAAGACGAUGAUGGAUACAUGUUGGUGCCCAUACCGAGCCUUCGACCAGUUUCUUUUCCUAUUGCAAGUUGGUCACCGGUGAUCAUCUUAACAUUAACACCAAGUUCGAGAGCUCGACGGAUGGUUUCUGCACUAUCAUGCCUUGGAGGAUCAAAUAGGGGCAAGAGACCAACAAAUUCCCAAGGUUCUCCAGCACUCUCUUUGUCCUUAUCUUGAACAGUCUAUAAAUGAGAGAAAAAAAGGUUCAAGAUUGAUAAGAAAGCUUGUUCAUACAUGAAUCCAUUUCAGUAUAUUCACACAUAUUCACCUGUCGACCAACUGCCAAGGAACGUAGACCACGAUUAGCAUA